GUGAAAUGAGACAAAUUCGUGUGUCCAAGUCUUUGUGUGUUCCCAAAACAUCAAAGUCUCUCAGAGUCCUGUUGGUCAAUUGGUUGCUUGCUCUGAUUUGCUCUCUGAUUGGUUGCUCACAUUGAUGAGUUUCUUGAUGUUUUUUUAAUCUGGAAGUUGUUUUUUUUUAAUAACUACUGAUUUGUCAGAUUUUUUUUUCUAGAACUUCUUGAGAGACUUUUAACGGCUUCAUUUAGAUAAAAGGUUAAAAAGAGAACAUCACAUCAAAUCACAGAUGAGAACAAAACUUUAGAGAAUGUGUUGAAAAUAUAAACAAAUGAGAAAAUGACAAAAUAAUAAGAGGAAGAAACACUUAAGACGAUAUUCAUUAGUCAAUUUAUAAAAAACAAAAGUAAAAAACAACAGAAUUAAACUAAAACUCUGGAUUGUGGGUGGUGCAGCAGAAACCGGUGGAGGAGAAACAACAGCAGGUCGGAGGCCUGACUGUGGUCCAGUGGGCGGAGCCUGUGGUUUGAUCUGCGGCCUGUGUCCGUCCAAUGAGGCGUUUCAUUGGGUUAAAUAAACCGAAGCGAGGCCAACGACUGUGGAGUGAGGAGACAAGCCAGAGGAGUUGGAGUGAGGAGCGCCUCCUCCUCCUCCUCCUCCUCCUCCUCUUCCUCCAGCAGCCAUCUUUGAACCAGCAACAGCAGCGACAUCCUGCUGUGGUGUUUAAAAGGGGAGCUGGCACACGACAACAGGACGUGCUGCUAAAUCCAGUCAGAGCGUAUGACGACGCCAGGCCCUGUCACUCAGAGUCAGGUUUGACCUCAGGAGGUCACGACCACCGCCACGCUUUCAGUUAUACACUGAGGAAACAACAGCCGAGAGAAACUCACAGAACGGCCCUUUAACUGGAACUGAUGAGUCAAGGCUUGUUUACAGGAAAAUCUAAAAUGUCAGAAAAGAUGGACGCAACAAAAAUAAAUAAAUAAAUAAAAUAAAAGGUUUAAUUCAAGUCUAAAUCAACAGUAUUUGAAGUCCGUAAAACAACCACUCUCUUAGACCAAAGUCCAUGUAGAAAAUGACUGAUUUCAUUUCAGAGACACAGAAGAAAUGACUGCCUCCUGUGGUCAGUUUGUGUCACUGGUGUAGAUCUGAAUGAAGGAUUUGUAACGGCGAAGUGAUAAAAGAACACAUUUGAACUUAGUCACGGAGGCAGGACUUUUGUAUAGGACGUUGUUUUAACCUCGGAACGUAAACAAAAACGUUAAAUGUUUAGUACAUUUAUAUUUACAUUUAGGGAUAAAUAUUCUUUGGUUGAAACAAUGAUUUCUUUAGAUGUAACCUCUUCCUCUGCCUGACUGCUCCUCCUCCUGCUCCUCCUCCUCUAAAGGAGUUUCGAUGAACUCUCUUCAAUCACCUCCUGCUGUUUUUCUUCAUCAGCAGCACACGACCCUGUCCACGCCCCCGGCCCGCGCACUGCGCGUGUCCGCCGCUCCUCUGGGCAUAAAUUGAGUCAAAGUUGGAGUGGAACUCUGUUGAAGUGAAGAGGAGUGAAGAAGAGUGAAGAGGAGUAAGGAGUGAAUGAUGGCACCGAGGAGAAGCCUCUUCAUCAGCGGCCCCGCUGACACGCACGCUGACUUCCACGCACUCGCUGACGCGCCGUGCGCCGUCGUGGAGCUGCGGCUCGGACCUCCUGCCGCAGCCUCCGGAGGUGUACAACUCCUGCAGCCUGACAGGUGCUCCUCCUUGGAGCGGGCUCAGAGGCGGAGGAGGCUCGCGGCAAACGCCCGGGAGCGGAGGAGGAUGCUGGGACUGAACGUGGCCUUCGACCGUCUCCGCAGCGUCAUCCCCAAACUGCAGAGCGAGAAGAAACUGUCCAAGUCCGAGACCCUGCAGAUGGCGCUAAUCUACAUCAGCACUCUGAGCGAACUGCUGCAGGAGCAGGGCCGCACCGGCCGGGGCCACAGUCAGGGGCCCACGGAGGAGGAGGAGGAGGAGGAGCAGGAGGAAGAGCCGGAGGAGACGGAGAGGAGCUGGGACAGAGAGGAGCUGCUCUGACGACGGCGGUCAGGACGUUAAAGGGCCAAUCAGUGAUUUAAAAAAAACAUUUCAUCAAUCAAAUGUUUUUCUUCCAUGUUUGUUGUUUAAACUAUUUUCAUAUUAUUAAAUAUAUAUUUUUUCACCAAAGAUCCUGAGUUGUUGGUUUUCAUCCUCCUGAGAUAAAUAUGUCAAAUAAUGAACAUUUUAAAUAUAUAUAUUUUUCAACUAAAGAUGAAAUUUGUUAAAAAAAAGUCUAUUUUAAAAAACGUUCUGAAUAAUAAAAUAACUAAAAAUAUCAAUACUUUUCCCUAAAACUUUUCUGAAGCUCAGAACAAAUGUAAUAAAAUAAAUGACAUGAAUCCUUUAAAUGAAAAGACGAGAAACAAACAAGAAGAAAAACUUCUUACCAGUGACUGGAGUUCUUUCUGCUGCUUUUGUCCUUUUUUGGAGAAACAAAAACAUUAACAUUACAAAAAUAUAUUUUCUCAACAUUCCUUCAAGUGACAUUUGUACAGAAUUAAAAAAGUAAUUAAACUAAUUCAACACCAGAAUCAGGACUCAGUGGAAACGACUGAAAGAAUGGACUUUCAUCCUGCAGUGUGAAACCAAAGAGUGAAAACUGGAACAGUGAUGGGAACAAAAAGACGACGACGACAAAGACGUCAACGAAAAGUUUAUUUAUUCAUUUUUUUGUUUCAUUAGAAAAUGAAAAAUAGAGUCAGAUUCAGGAAAAAGUAGAAUCUACUGGUCUAAACUCUUACAUUUAAGCCCCGCCCACUCCCCCUCCCUCCUCCAGUUUCUCUCCUCCGACACGAGGAAACUUUUAUUUACAAAAUAUUUACAGCAGUAAAACGAACAAUAACAAGACUCGUCCGUUUGUUCUGCGGACGUGAAUAAAGCUCUGUAAACUCUGACGGGAGUGUGUGUGAGCGCGCGCGUGUGUGUGUGUGUGUGUGUGUGUGGAGCACCUCCAAC